UAUCACGUCUACGUACGCAGAGUUAAGCGCGCGUAACUUUCAUCCGGAAAUUCAAUUGUACUGUGUCGGUGUAUUUCAGUUUGUUUGUGUAGUUUGGUUUGAAUAGAAUAAUAUUGAAUUGUGUUUUAGUGUUAACUGUACUGUUGAUUGAUUUAAAACUUUUUUUUGCUGAAAAGGAAGAUUACAACGCCUUAGAAAUCGUGUCGAGUGAUGAAUGAGGACUGUCAGUAGUCGUCAAAAGUAGUCGUGCAACAUGCUUCCGUCGGAGCGACUCCUCGUCAAAAUCGCUUUGAUAUCCAUGUUUGCAACAACAGGUUGGAGCCGAAUGAAGAGGCAAGAGAACAUGGAUAUGCCAUUGGAGAAAGACAGUGACGUUGAGCCGUUAAUCAUUGACAGGGGUCCGUACUUCGACAAGAGCGUAUCGAAAAACGUUACGGCUCUCGUCGGUAAAACUACCUACUUAAGCUGUCGGGUCAGGAAUUUGGCAAACAGAACGGUUUCGUGGAUUCGACACAGAGAUUUGCACCUUUUGACUGUGGGCAGAUCCACGUACACAUCCGAUCAGCGUUUCACCAGCAUUCAUAAUCCGAUGACCGAGGACUGGACAUUGCAAAUUAGGUAUCCGCAACGCAAAGACAGUGGAAUUUACGAAUGCCAAGUGGGUACCACACCCCCCAUCGGACACUCAAUGGCCCUCAACGUCGUUGAGCCCGUUACAACACUUCUUGGAGGCCCGGAGAUGUACAUAAACAAAGGUAGCACCAUGAACUUGACCUGUAUCGUGCAGCAUAGCCCUGAACCACCUCCAACAAUCUACUGGACACACAACUUGGUGGAAAUCAAUUACGACUCGCCUAGAGGUGGCGUGAGCGUGAUCACUGAAAAGGGCGACAUCACCGUCAGCUAUUUAUUGGUUCUCAAGGCCCGCGACUCGGACUCCGGGAAAUACACCUGCAAUCCAUCCAAUGCUAAUCCCAAAACGCUCAUAGUUCACGUCCUCAAUGGUGAGCAUCCCGCAGCUAUGCAACACGGAGGUCAACUGCGACUCGAGUAUCCUUUCUCCGCUUGUCUGCUCAGCAUCCUCGUCGCUUUAGUGGGACCAUAGAAAUGUUGCGUGCUAGAAGACACGCAGAGCGCAUCAUCGAGUUGUGAUAAUGAACACUUGUAAAUAAUACUAGUUUUUCGGAGAAAAAUAAUUAAAUAAAUAAAGUGUGUGUGUGACUUCUCGUGACGUACAGGACUUAACGUUUUCACUUUUUAAUCUAAAGACUAAAAAUUCUGUGGAUUUUCAUCGAGUUCAUUAUUUCAGAUUCAUGGACAUCGUCCGGAUGACAUAAACGAACCAUUCCUCGAUUUCUUCAGAAGCUUGUACAACAAUAUUAAAUUUAAUUUGUGUGAAUAAUCAUAGUGUUUCACCAUAAAAAAUAACUAUUGUUUCGUACACUUAAUCUCUAAUUGUUAUUCACUGAAUAAAAAAAAAAUACAUGGAAAAACAUACUUAAGGGCAAUUUAUAAAUGUAUCUAACAACUUUUGUAUAUAAUUAGGUGAUUAGGAUUAUUGUACAUAAAAUAAAUAUUUAAAAAAAUAUUUUGUAAGUUGUUUAUUUGAUUAUGGAUUAACUAAUUUCACGGUUAAGUUUUGUUACUGUAAUUCUAUA